GGCUGGACCGUGAAAGGCAAAGUCAGCGGCUGGAGAGCUGCAGAGCUACGGCUUCCGGUGUGCAUGCAGUUUCGCGUCUGGUCUGGAGACUGGGGAAGCCGCUACCAUCGGGGCUCGGAGACCCGGUACGGGGCAGCUGGGGCUUCUGGCAUGGUCGGCCAGGUGUGCUGCAGAUGUGAGACUCUGGGCACUUUGACCUGAACACGGAGGCGCCCUCUGAUUUGCUGCUGUGGACAUUGAGUGUGGCCGCUGCCCGCCUCCCUACAGAACCGCAGUGGGAGGAAGAGAGACGCCGGCCCACCAGCUUCCUGAGGCUCUGACGUUGGGAUCCUAGAUGGCGGAGGCUUGUUCACGGAGCCUGCCACCACCCCAGUAGCUGCCACCUGCACCUGGGUCCCCGCUGCUGCCUGCCAGACGUCUGGCUUCCAAGGGCGGCAGCUGGCCGCGCUCCAGCUGUGCUCUGCUCGCUGCAAGACGGCAGCAAGGACCCACCCUUUCCCGUCAUGGCCUGGCUUACUCUCAAGAUUGUGUUGUUGGGGGGCACUUUCUUGGGGUGUCUUUAUCCCCUGGUGGAUUUUUGCUUCCCGGAAAACACAACAAGACCAGCCCCGAAUUUCGUGAUCAUCUUAGCUGAUGACCUAGGGUGGGGGGACCUGGGAGCCUACGGGGCCGAGACCGGGGCCACGGCACACCUGGACCGCUUGGCCACAGAAGGGAUGAGGUUUGUGGAUUUCCACGCGGCUGCCUCCACCUGCUCCCCCUCCCGCGCCUCCCUGCUCACUGGCCGGCUGGGCAUACGCAACGGAGUCACGCACAACUUCGCGGUCACCUCAGUAGGGGGCCUUCCGCUCAACGAGACCACGCUGGCCGAGGUGCUGCAGGGCGCUGGCUACAUCACCGGGAUGAUCGGCAAAUGGCAUCUUGGGCACCACGGCUCCUAUCACCCCAACUUCCGUGGUUUUGAUUACUACUUUGGAAUCCCCUACAGCCACGAUAUGGGGUGCACAGAUACCCCGGGCUACAACCACCCGCCCUGUCCAGAGUGUCCGCAGGGCGAUAGAGCACCGAGCGGGCUCCGGGGGCACUGUUACACGGACCUGGCCCUGCCUCUCUAUGAGAACCUCGACAUCGUGGAACAGCCCGUGAACCUCAGCAGCCUGGCUCAGAGGUAUGCUGAGAAGGCAAGCCAGUUCAUCCAGCAGGCCAGCGCCCGUGGGAGGCCCUUCCUGCUCUACGUGGCCUUGGCCCACAUGCACGUGCCCUUGCCCAGGACCCAGGGCUCCGCGGCCCCCGGAGGGCCAUACGUGGCAAGCCUCCGGGAGAUGGACGGCCUGGUGGGCCAGAUCAAAGACAAGGUUGACCACACGGCCAAAGAAAACACGUUCCUCUGGUUUGCAGGAGACAAUGGCCCCUGGGCUCAGAAGUGUGAGUUGGCCGGCAGCGUGGGCCCUUUCACCGGAUCCUGGCAAACUCGCCGAGGGGGAAGUUCAGCCAAGCAGACCACGUGGGAAGGAGGCCACCGGGUCCCGUCUCUGGCUUACUGGCCGGGCACCAUCCCUACCAAUGUCACCAGUAUGGCCUUGCUAAGUGUGCUGGACGUGUUCCCCACCGUGCUGGCCCUGGCUGGAGCCAGCCUCCCCACAGGCCGGCGCUGGGAUGGCCUGGACGUAUCCGAGGUGCUUUUCGGCCGGUCUCAGCUGGGACAUAGGGUGCUGUUCCACCCCAACAGUGGGGCUGCAGGGGAGUUGGGAGCACUUCAGACUGUUCGCCUGGAGCACUACAAGGCCUUCUACAUCACGGGUGGGGCCCAGGCCUGCGACGGGAGCGUGGGACCGGAGCAAUGGCAAGACCCGCCCCUGAUCUUCAAUGUCCAGGAGGACCCCGCAGAGACCGUGCCUCUGGCCAGCGGGAGCGCUGAGUACCGAGCUGUCCUGCCCAGGGUGGCCAAGGCCCUUGCUGAGGUUCUGCGGGACAUUGCUAGUGACAACACCUCCAGAGCCGAUUACUCCAAGGACCCCUUGGCUGCGCCCUGCUGUGACCCCCGCCGGGCUGCCUGCCGCUGCCCUGCCGGCCCCUAGAACCCUUGGAGUCCCCAGUGGAAGCAGCCACGAGCAGGUGGCUUAUUUGUUCCUGCUGGUUCUACCCACUUCCCAGCUGGGUGUGCUUAAAAACAGGGGCCAGAGAGAUGGUUCAGUAGGUAGUGCACUUGCCUAGCAUGCGGCGCACCUGGAUUCGAUUCCCAGCACCCCCCUAUAUGAUCCCCUGAGCCCACCAGGAGUGAUCCCAGAGCCAGGAGUCAGCCCUGAGCACUGCCUGGUGUGCCCCCUCCCCGAAAAAAAUAAUCCAAAAAAUAUAUAUAAAUUAAAAAGUAAAUAUUUAUUCUGUGCCCAAGCCCUAACUUAGG